GAAGCGAGCUUCGCACGCCGAGGCGAGGCCUCUGCGCAGGCCUCCGGUACGCCUCACACACGCAGCCAAGCGCUGCACCGAGUCAGUCCGCUCGUUCGCCGCCACGAGCGGCGCAGGCUCGGCGUCCAGGCCGUGCGAGGCCGGGUGAAUGUGGGCGGCGAGGGGCGCAUGGCGUGCUGCUGUCCGUUCCUGGGCACAGUGCUCGCCUCGUUCUGCUCGUGUGACUGUGUCCGGCGCUCACACACAAAAGCACUCGAGUUCGCGCAGCCGCCUCCGUCUCGACACCCACAUCCUUCUCCACCAUGGACUCCCGACCGCCCACGCCGCCGAUCCUGCCGCACACGCCCGUGCGCGUGUCGCAGAGCGACGACAUCGAAAAGGCGCCGGCGAGCGACGCCAAGUCGCUGCACGGCAGCGGCUCGUCGGUGUCGGCGCUGGACGACGAGGAGCGCGCCAAGCUCGAGCGCCUCGGCCUCGUCGAGGGCGCGGCGGGCGGCGUGAAGCGCAACCUGAAGGAGCGCCACAUCGCCCUCAUCGCGCUCGGCGGCACCAUCGGCACGGGCCUCUUCGUCGGCCUCGGCGCGUCGCUCGCGGCGUCGGGCCCGCUCUCGACGCUGCUCGGCUACACGCUCAUGGGCUUCCUCGUGUGGGCGCUCAUGGUCGCGCUCGGCGAGCUGGCCACGUUCCUGCCGCUGCCCGGCGGCUUUGUCGCGCACGCCUCGCGCUUCGUCUCGCCCGGCUUUGGCGCCGCGCUCGGCUGGCAGUACUGGUUCUCCUACUCGAUCUGCCUGCCCACCGGCAUCACUGCGUCGGCGCUCAUCAUCUCCUUCUGGGACCCGAACCAGGUCGUGCACCCGGCCAUCUGGAUUUCCAUCAUCCUUGUGCUCGUCGUCGGCGUCAACAUCCUCGGCGUGCGCGUCUUUGGCGAGCUCGAGAGCGUCAUGGCCAGCAUCAAGAUCAUCGCCAUCACCAUCUUGAUCAUCACGAUGCUCGUCAUCGACCUCGGCGGCGGCCCGAGCGGCGAGUUCAUCGGCGGCAAGUACUGGCGCGUGCCGGGCCCCAUGGCGCAGUUCCUCUGGGAGCCGGCCGCCGACGGCGCGCCGAGCGGCGGCAUCAGCGGCAGCUGGGGCCGCUUCCUCGGCUUCUGGAACGUGCUCGUCUCGGCCAGCUUUGCCUUUUCGGGCACGGAGCUCAUCGGCAUGGCCGUCGGCGAGGUGGCGAACCCGCGCAAGGCCGUCCCGCGCGCCAUCCGCAGCGUCGCUAUCCGCAUCUUUGUGUUCUACGUGCUCGCCGUGCUGCUCGUCGGCUUGGUCGUGCCGUACAACUCGCCGCGCCUGCUCAACGCCAGCGGCUCCGACGCCUCGGCGUCGCCGUUCGUCAUUGCCGUCGACGCCGCGAGCAUCCGCGUGCUGCCGCACAUUGUCAACGCCGUGCUCGUGACGGUCACCUGGAGCGCGGCCAACGCCGACCUCUACGCCGCCAGCCGCACGCUGUACGCCAUGUCCAUCGACGGCCAGGCGCCGGCCGUGUUCAAGCGCUGCACCAAGGGCGGCGUGCCGGUGUAUGCCGUCGGCGCCACGGCGCUCUUCGGCCCGCUCGCCUACCUCGGCGUGGGCUCGGUGGGCGCGUCGCUCACGUUCUCCUACCUCUACGCGCUCUCGGCCGUCUCGAUCAUCAUGGCGUGGUGGGCCAUCGUCGUGACGUCGCUGCGCUUCCACUACGGCCUCAAGGCGCAGGGCUUCGUGCGCAAGACGAUGCUGCCGUACGUGGCGCCGCUGCAGCCGGGCCUCAGCUGGCUGUGCCUCGUCAUGUUCACGCUCGUCAUCAUCUUUGCCGCCUUCCCCACGUUCAUCCGCGGCCACUGGGCGACGGACGUCUUCAUCACGACGUACUUGCCCGUGCCGCUCUUCUUCCUCACGUGGGCCGGCUUCGACUGGGCCAAGAAGGGCCGCAUCCUGCCGCUCGCGCAGCUUGACUUCAAGACGGGCCGCCGCCAGCUCGAGCAGAUGGACGAGGAGUGCAACGCCGAGGAGGCGCGCUCCGAGAAGCCCAAUGCCGUCAUGCGCGCGCUCAAGCAGUUCGCUUAAAACUUUUAAUCACGCUCCCCACCCCGGUCACAUCCUGUCACGAUCCAUAGAGUCUCAAUAGAUGGCCUGCUGCAUCUCACCCGCCGGCGCCCGGCAGCGUGGCGAUGAUCUUCUGCAGCUCCUCGGCCUCGCCGGCGCGCUCCGAGCCGCUCGCAAUGAUGCGCGCCAGGAACUCGCCGGCGAGCUCGACGUUGGCGCGCGCCGCGGCGGCCUUGGACUUGGCGGCAGCAUGCAGCUUGGCCGUGGUGAGAGAGGGCGCACGGGCCGCGACGGGCGGGCCCAUGCUGUCGUCGACCUCCAUCGCCGAGCCGUCCGUCGUGUCGGCGCCGCCGGCGAUGUCGCUGUCGAUCUCGAGAGGCUCUGGAUCCGCGUCGGACGGAUCUGUGUGCGCGCCUGCUUCCCGCAGCAGCAUCCGCGACGUGGCGAGGAAGGAAGGCGCAUAUCUGG